AUGAACUAGCGUAGUUCAGCAAAUUGCACUGUCACUCUAUGGUCUGUGCUGUCUUGAGGCUGAACCAGUUGGAGGAAAUUAGCUUAGAAAAUUUCCUUAAGGGGGCUUGUAUUUCAUGAAAUUUCUUCCUCAUUUGUGGGUAUUGUAGAUAAAUCGGAGGUUGGUGUAAAUUCUUUCCAACUCAACCAUUCUGAUGGUUGUUUUUCUAGUUUGCACAACCUUAUUGCUGACAUCUAGCGGUAGCUGAACUGAAGCUGGUGCUACGCCUGGAUGUGCAAAUACUGCGGAUGCCCUCAGUGUUUAAGGUGUGUCAUGCUGUUCAGCAAGCCAUUGAACAAUGUCAUGACUGCCAUUAUGUUGAUCUUUCUUCAAGUUGAAUCUUGCACUUUGCUUGAGAAGAGGAAUGUUCAGAUCUCACUGUAUCUUGAACUCCACUACCUUGUGGAGAAGGUAGACUGGACCCUACCAUUCACUUUCAUCAGACAAGGGGAGAAUCAGUGAAAUGGAUUUAAAAACUUUCCAUGUGAAACGUGUUUGAUCCUUCAGAUGUUUUUUUCUUCCCGCUGGCAUUUUCCUCAUCCAUUUCAGUACUACCCUAAAUGAAGGGUCUGUUCAAAGGUCCUACAAAUAAAUGUCUUUCAGAAAAAAGUGGCAAGUCUCUUCAAACAGUUUUUGAGAGAAAUGUCCAGGAAGCCAUUGACAGUUAUACUUGUGAAACUGGUUCAUCGCUUUCCAGUAGUCAUACAACACCUACAAACUUGAAAAAUUCUUGGUCUGGAAUAAACAGCUACACUAGUGAUUUGUCUACUGAAAGAAGUUCACUUUACUCUUGGAGGGAUGAUGAAUUUGAUAAGGCCAACACACAGAGAGUGCAUCAGCUGUUUUUGGACAUUGAUGAAAUGCUGUUUGAAGGAAAAGUGACCUCGCAAACUGUGAGCCUGCAAGCAGAAUGCGCAGACUGGGUUGAACAAUCCCUUCAUCUAAGAGUUCUAGGAAAGCAGCUCCUAUUACCAAAGGAUGAAGGCUUUCAGUAUUUUCAGAGCAGAAGCAAUAGCUCUGUGACCACAAAGGUUUUACCUGAUCUCCAUGAAAAUACUACUGAUAUCAAACAGUUCUGUAUUUCAGGCUCUAAAUUGGUCCCAGUAGCAUCUCCAGUUCAUAAUUCAGUAGAUUCCAGUUCUGCUCGGGCCUCUGACCCUUCCAGAUAUUCAUUCCUAGAAGAAGAAAUCUUCGAUGUGGAUGGAAAAAUAGAAGAGUAUCUUGCCUUUGACAGCAAAGAAUUUGAUGAUGAGAGACUGGAACAAAAGAAAAGGCAUCUUGCUGAGAAGAGCAAACGUGGCAUUCCCCCUGUAUCUCCUAAUGCCUGUAUCAAAGAUGCAGUAACUUCUGAAGUAUUUGAUCAUAUCUGGAGUAGUGUGAUUGAAAUAUUGGAGGAGCUGAUUAAAAAAAAUUGGGAAACUAAGAUCACAGAGAGUGAUAAAGAAGUGGAAAAACUGAAAGCUGUUGCAGCUAAACUGUCGCAUUUGCCAGUCCCUCGUGUUCCAGCAGCUGCUGGCUGUGUGCCUCUUCCCAGAAGCUCUGAAGCACAAAGUGUAUCUCGUGGUUCCCAUUUUGUUUCAUCACAGGUUCACCGUUUCUCCAGCAGCUUUUAUAGUGGUUUGAAUGGAGUUAUGAUAAUUCAAGCAAAACCACUCCAGCAGAGGCAUGUGACCACAGUAGAAAAAUCACGGAAUGAGCAAGAAAACAAACAACAUAGUAUUGGCUCCAAUGUGACAAACUCAGUGCGCACUAAAUUGGGGAGAAUUGCUGAUAACAGGGUUCUCUCAUCCUCUCGGGUACAGCUGGUGUCUUCUAGGAAGCUACCAAGCCACUGUAGGUUACCUUCUCUCACUUCUGACCAACCCUCCUCAAAAGCUCCUAAUAUGUACAAUGAUGAAAUCCUUAGGGGGACUAAAUUGGUUUCCAGCUUGGAUCGUUUAUCUUCAGCUCAUGCACAUACGACUCAGAACAGGUUACCACCAAUAAACUCAGAAGCUGUUGAACAGUGUCAUUCAGUUCCUCAGUUGCAACGGAGCUCUCAUCAAGAGCAUUAUGCUUGUAGCAGAGUUUCAAGUGCAGUACCUGGCAGUGCAGCUCAACAGCCACUCAGGGAGCGAACUGUUACCAUCAAUCAAUUUUCUAAGCCCAACACAACACAAACAUUCAAGGCAGACAUACUUCAAAAAAGACCCCUGAAUCCCAUAGAUUUGGUUGACUGCACAUGGAUGGGUCAAGGAUUUUUAGCAGGCUCACAGCCUUAUUGCAAAUCCUUUCAGAGAAAUCCUUCAUCCUCGAGGAAGAGAUUUCAGGUUGCUUCUUAACUCGGCUUAGAAACAAAAAAGGCUUAGAAAGAAACAGAAAAUCACUGCACUGAUGGAGUGAUAAAGUACUUACUUUACCAGCUAACAUCUUCUGUUGUAGAGAACGUGUGCAGUAUGUUACU